AUCCACUCCGGACUCACGCACACACACACACACACACACGCAGCGUGUCCUCGUGUUUUCGUCUUCCGUGGGUUUUUCUCUCCCGCGUCUUAAAGUGAAACAAGAAACAUAAAGAAGAAGAAAAACGCGCGUGUUUCGUGCGCACAGAUCGCGGUUGUUCCACGCGCAGCCUCUGGUCUCGUGCUUCUGUCCACAGAUGGAUUAAACUGGUGAUCACAGCAGCCAGCAGGGACUUAAGGAACCCUCAAACCUCCCCACGAUGGGGAAUGGACUGUCGGAACAACCCAGCUUCCUCUCGAGCUUCCCGAACUUCCAGCCGCUCCACAUCGCCAUCCUGGGUCUGGACUCUGCGGGGAAGACCACCGUCCUGUACAGACUGCAGUUCAAUGAGUUUGUGAACACAGUUCCCACCAAAGGCUUCAACGCAGAGAAGGUCAAAGUAUCUCUGGGCGGCCACGGGACCGUGACCUUCCACUUCUGGGAUGUAGGCGGUCAGGAGAAGCUCCGCCCCCUGUGGAAGUCCUUCACGCGAUGCCGGGACGGCAUCAUAUUUGUAGUCGACUCUGUGGACGCGGAGCGCCUGGAGGAGGCCAAGACGGAGCUGCACAAAAUCGCCAAAACCGCCGAUAACCAGGGCGUGCCCCUGCUGGUGGUGGCCAACAAGCAGGACCUGAGGAACUCGCUGGGAUUGGCCGAGCUGGAGAAGCUGCUGGCGCUGAAGGAGCUGGGGCCCUCGGCUCCGUGGCACCUGCAGCCGGCGUGCGCCAUCAUCGGAGACGGUCUCAGGGAAGGCGUGGAGAAACUGUACGAGAUGAUCCUGAAGCAGCGGAAGACGCUUCGGCAGCAGAAGAGGAAGAGAUAAAUGUCCAGACUGGACUCGUCUGCAAGACUUUUCAUGUGAAGGAUUUCUGUCUUCUGUGUGGACGCUGUGGUCUGAGUUUUAUCAGUCCAGAACCGAGCUUUAGGAUCCUCCGCUCUUUGGUCUCGUGAUGAUGACGAUGAUGUCGAUGGGGAAGUGACACGUGAAAGGAAUAACGGUAUGAAGACGAGAGAGUUUUAGACAUGUGUCGAUGUUAGGGCCGUCACUUUUUUCCCCGCUAAAUAAUUGCUUUUGUAAUGGAGCUAAGGUCAAGCUGCGCUCACAGGGCCCUCUGCUGGACUAAGCAAGUACAAUGACUUCAGUCUGAAGCACUUUUUGACACCGUAUUUUGACAGGAGUUUAAGGUUCAAAUUUGAACUUUCCCGUCUCAAUUUUAAAACAGAUCUGCAAAUUAAAAAGUGACGGCCCCCUGAUGGAUGUUCUUUUACAGAGUGUUUGACGUGGAUUUUAGUUUCUCAGAGGGUUCAGGGUCUGGAGAGGUGAUAGAAGGUUGUUGCUGUACGAUUGUCACGAGAUCCGAAAAGAAUUACCAAAAAGAUUUAAAGGAAAGGCUCAAGACUCGUUCAAGGAUUCAUUAGGGGUUUUUGAACAGUUCUCAAACCUUGUUCAUUUUGUUGACACUGGACUUUCGUUGUGAAAGAAAAGUAUUAUCGUGCUUUAUUGCGAUGUUCUCCACUUGCUUGCUGUCUUUUUUUACUACUGUGUAUCUCUCCACUUCUUUUGGAAGCACUUUAGAGGAAAAAAAUCACUUCGUAUGAAGUUUAUAGAGUUUUUAAAUAGAGAAUAUUGUGUUGUAAAAAAGAAAAGAAAAAACCUUUUACUGCUGUACAGCACAUGUUUUUAUUAUGCAUCGAGUUUUGAUCAAUAAAGAAAAAUAUAGAGA